AUGAGCGUCACCAAUGGCAACAGUUGCAAGGACAAACUCCCUAAGACUGUCUGUGGUGUUUCUGCAUACGUUCCUCACCAGUAUCACUUUGUGAAUGAGAGUAAAACCUGGACUGAAGCUCAGAGCUACUGCAGACAGAACUACGCUGAUCUGGUCUCCAUCAACAACAUGGAGGAGAUGAAGAAGCUGAAUGCUACUCUGAAAGACACACCUAGAAGUCUCGUUUGGAUCGGUCUAGAAAAAGGGAACACUCGGAAAUGGCAGUGGUCUCUAGCAGAAGGAAAUGUCCCCAGUGAGAGAGACGCUUACCGAAACUGGAGCCUAGGAGAACCAAACAAUAGUGGAGGGAAGGAGUUCUGUGUCGCAAUGAAGAAAACUGUUGGAACCUGGCUUGAUGAUGACUGUAAUACACUGCGCAAAUUUAUGUGUUAUGAUGAAAAGAAGACAAACACUGAAAGAUACAGAUUGAUUUAUACUGAGAUGACCUGGCGUGGUGCUCAGAGCUACUGCAGAAAUCAUUACACAGAUCUGGCCAGUGUGAGGAACCAGACUGAGAACCAGCAGAUCAAGACAGCAGCACAAGCACCUCAGGAUUAUUAUUUAUGGAUUGGCCUAUUCAAUGACUCCUGGAAGUGGUCAGAUCAGAGCACCUCCUCAUUCAGAUACUGGGCACCUAAGCAGCCAAAUAAUUAUGAUGGAAAGGAGAACUGUACUGCUGUAUCUGUGACUACGCCAGGUACAGUGGGUGGCUGGUAUGAUGUGAACUGUGAAGUAAAGAUCCCAUUCAUCUGCCUUGAGAAUAAGCUGAUCUUGAUCAAGCAGAAUCUGACCUGGAGUGAAGCUCUGAGAUACUGCAGGGUGAAGCAUGUGGAUCUGGUCUCAGUUCACUCUGAGGAGAUCCAGCUCUGGGUGAAGGAGGUGGCACAGAACGCCUCCACUGAACAUGUGUGGCUGGGUCUGCGUCACACCUGCACCCUCAGCUUCUGGUUCUGGGUGAGUGGAGAGUCUAUCUGCUACCAGAACUGGGCUCCAGGUAACGGGACAGGAGAAGAAGACUGCAGCCCUGUAGAGAGAACCGGAGCGGUGCAGGCUAGAGGAGGUCAGCGGUGGGUCAGCCUGCCUGAAACCCAGAAACUCAACUUCAUCUGCCUCACCUAUGAAGGAGAGGCUACUCAGUGCUUUGGAAAGCACCAGUGGGACAGUGCCGUGGACAUUACAGCAGGUUUGCCUGCCACAAAGGACAUCGUAGAAGGUCUGUCUGCCUCCACGUAUGCCAGUGCAGCCCAGCCUGCACCUGAGAACACUGGUGCCACCCAGUCUGAAGCUGCUUCCAGUGCAGCAACCCUUGACCAGCUGGCCUCUGAGUUCUCUGGCCAGCCAAUCUGA